AUGAAUAACAUGGGGGCGGAGGGUGGGAUCUUGCUGUGCGGCUGCGAGGAGCGAUUGGAAGGGCAGGCGCCGCUGUGCUUCUGUCUUCAGGUCUCCCUCGCCUUCCUGAUCAGUGGGCUGGUGAUUCUUGGCUACUGCUCAUCGAUCAGCCAGUGCUCGACCUAUCAGGGAGUGGUGAAGGCCAUCUGUGGCCCCACAGUCGGGAGGCUCUGCGAAAUCUGUUUCGUCUUCAAUGUCUUCAUGAUUUCCAUCGCGUUCCUUGUUGUGGUGGAAGACCAGCUCAGUAAACUGUGUGACUCGAUGGCCAACAACGCCACCUCUCCUGGCGUUGCGGGAUCCGCACCGUCGUGGUACACGGACCGUCGCCUGGGGCUGACCGCCGUCUCCCUGCUCAUCAUCCUGCCGCUGUCGGUCCCCGAGGAGCUUGGCUUCCAGAAGUACAUCAGCAUCCUGGGCACCUGUGCAGCCACCUACCUGACAAUCCUGGUUGUCGUCAAAUUCUACCUGAAGAAUUCGGACUCCAUCCCGGAACAUCCCGCCUCCAGUGUCACCUCAUGGACGGCCAUGUUCACCGUGGUUCCCACCAUCUGCUUCGGAUUCCAGUGUCACGAGGCCAGUGUGGCCAUCUACAGCAGCAUGCAGAACCGGACGCUCUCGCACUGGGUCCUCAUCUCCAGCCUCUCCAUGCUUGCUUGUCUCCUGAUUUACUCCGUCACAGGGGUGUAUGGAUACUGGACGUUUGGCACGGAUGUGGCAGCAGACAUCCUGAUGUCAUACCCCGAUAACGAGGUCCUCAUCAUCAUCGGGAGGAUGCUCUUUGGCAUCUCCAUUGUCACCAUCUACCCCAUAAUCCUGCACUUGGGGAGGUCGGUGGUGGAGGAGCUGUGUGUGAAGAUUUGGAGCUGCCCCGCGCUGCUGACGGCUCGCAGGAGGAGGCUGAGGGUGCUGCUGACCAGCGGCUGGGUCCUGCUCAGUCUGGGGGCGGCCCUCUUCGUCCCGGACAUCUCCGAGGUCAUCGGCCUGAUCGGGGGAAUCAGCGCGUUCUUCAUCUUCAUCUUCCCGGGUCUGUGUCUGCUGAGCGUGGUGCAGAGGGAGCCGGUCGCCCCCAGAGGAAGGUGGGGUCUGAUUCCGUGGGCAGUGGCGACAAUCCUGUGCGGAGUCUUUAUCUUGGGACAGAGCUCGGCCAGGGCAGCCGUGGAGCUGAUGGAGCGACUGGGCUGAACGCCGGCCGCGCAAGCACUGAAUCACAGACACUGUCACCUCCUUAUUUCAUAAAUUCGUUUGUCUGUGCCCCCGUGUCUGUGUGUUCAUUUCCUUGCCCGCAUCCUCUCCGGGGCUCCGUCCUCCCGGGAGAGCACCCCAAACCCCUGCAAAUCCAUUCUCAAGAUGCAGGCACUGAUCCCCGGAGUUACUCCGGGCAAUCUGAGAGGUACCUCCUCUUCCUGAGUUGGGUCCAAGGCUCCGUUUUCCGUGCUGUGUGGAACCCCGUGACUCCGCGAAACAUCAGUGCAUUUUCAGACGGUCCAGCCUGCUGCCACCGAGCCAACAUCAGCCGCUGCUGGCCGCCGGCAUCCGAGGAGAAAGCGACCCCCUGGGCCGCCAACUGUCCACUGUGGCUUCUCCGUCCCCGCGUCUGAGCGAACUCAACAUGGGCCGCGGCUUGGCGUCAGACGCCCCCGUCAGGUCCAGGAAAGCAGUCGUCCGCCGACCGGCUGGCUGAGAAUUUCGGUUUAUUUUUGAAAGGAGCUUGC